UUCAGCAUUUUGUGGUGCCUCACCUGCCAUAAAAGUUGAUAACAGAGGAGAAAAAGAUCCCACAAAAGGCCUCAGUAGGAGUUGCUGCGGUUGGGAAAUGAGAGAAGGGUUACGGCUUGCCUAGCCUGGGGAAGAGCUAGUCACUGGCCACUCAAAAGGAUGAGCGCAGGAAAACCAAGCAAAAGGAAAGAGGAAAGCCAAGGAAGAAGAACACUCACCGCCGCUGCCUCCGCCUUCAGAAGCCGUUCCGACCUAAGCAGCAGCAGGGCCAAGAGGAGCGCGACGCCCAUCCACUGCCCGCGGCUCCUCAUCCUUUCGCUCUGGCCGCUGAGGAGUGAGAGUCGCUCUGCUGGUGCUCCCACGUGCCUUCGCCCAGAGACCCCACCCCUGGACCGAGUGACUGACUCUCGUGUCCCGCCUAAGACACUUCGAGAACAGGAGAGGGAACUUGACUCUCAGUCCGGCUUGUGGGCGGUGGCAGCCCCUCCUCUCCCUACGGGCCGGACGACGCAAGAAGCUGCCUUUUCAAGGGCUCAGCCAGUUCCCGCUUCCUCGGCGAUUCCAAAGACCGCGAGGAAGAGCGCGCGCUUCUUGAGGCGCUACCUGAAAGCAUCCGAUGAGGCUGGAAGGUUCUUGGGGCCUUUUAUUGUACUGUACAAGGAAACAAGGAGAAGGAGAGUAUGAGAAGCUCCCAGCAACUCCGCUUAUCACCCUGGAGCUGGCAGACUUUGCAAACUAUUGUAUUCUUAGGACUGACUGUCUUCCUAUGUAGAAGAGUACAAGCUGGUGGAAAGUCCUACACUGGGCCAUGUUCAGGAAGAUACUGCAGCGGUGGGUGUGAUUGCCUGCCAGAAAAAGGAGCCCGUGGCCAACCAGGACUUCUUGGGCAGCAAGGCCCCUCUGGCCCCCCUGGAGUGGAAGGUAUCCCAGGACUCCCAGGGCACAAAGGAGACAAAGGUGAAAGAGGCCAUCCAGGAACCUCUGGGCCAAAGGGAGAACUGGGACAAAGAGGGAUCACUGGCUUUCCUGGUGCAGAUGGUAUUCCUGGACAUCCAGGUCAAGGAGGAUCAAGGGGGAAACCAGGCUAUGAUGGCUGCAAUGGGACCACAGGGGAUCCAGGUCAGCAGGGAAGCCCAGGGCCUGCCGGCAUGCCUGGUUUCUUUGGAAUCCAAGGACCCAAAGGCCAGAAGGGAGAACCUUUUAUGCUGACUCCAGAAUUAACCAUCCAGUUCAGGGGAGAUCCUGGAGAUCCAGGCUUGAUGGGCUUCCAGGGACCUCAAGGUGCUCCUGGUUUGAAGGGUGUAUUCGGUCCAGUUGGAGAGACGGGUCUACCUGGACCUCCAGGGCCACCGGGGUCACCAGGCUUGCAAGGCAACCGGGGCCUUGGCUUUUAUGGAGAAAAAGGUGAAAAGGGUGAUCCUGGUCCCCCUGGUCCCCCUGGACUUCCAUCAACACGAGAGCUGGUCAUCUCAACUGAUGUAAUUUCAAUCGAACACAAGGGAGUGAAAGGAUUAAAAGGAAUAAGAGGAAAACCUGGAAUUCCGGGUUCUCCUGCAUAUGUGGCAGAAAAAGGAGAAGAGGGGAUAACAGGUUUUCCUGGACCAAGAGGUUUGCCAGGAAUCAAUGGUUUAAAAGGAACUGAUGGGGAUGUGGGUUUCUCUGGACCUGAUGGUAUCCCUGGCAUUCCUGGUCAAAAAGGAAAAAAGGGAGAAACAGGAGACAGGGGCAUUCCAGGACCACCAGCCUACACAUAUCGUCCCACAAUAAGAAAAGGUGCAAGAGGCGACUGGGGCACUCCAGGUAUUCGUGGGCCUAAAGGAGACAGAGGCGAGCAAGGCAGUCCUGGCCUACCUGGCCUGCCAGGGCCUUCAUAUGAUGAUAUCUCUCUGGGAAGAGGUUUGCCAGGAGAAACGGGGCCUAAAGGUUUUAUCGGUGACCCAGGUUUCCCAGCCAGUUAUCCAGGUGCUCCAGGAUUAGAUGGCGACCUUGGAUCACCUGGUUUUCCUGGUCCUCCUGGCCCUCCAGGAAGUUCAGCUUAUCCUGCCGGGCGAAAGGGACAUCUUGGAGGUCCUGGUUCUGCUGGAGGCCAAGGUUAUCCUGGGCCCCGAGGAGCAAAGGGAGUGAAAGGUGAGGCAGGAGAUUGCAGAUGUCUUGAAGGAAGGAGGGGCCCUGCAGGACAACCAGGUCCACCAGGAUUUCCAGGUCCAAUAGGACAGCCUGGGAGGAAAGGCGAAAUAGGAGAUCAAGGCCAACAUGGAGUUCCUGGUUUUUCUGGUGCAAAAGGAUUACCUGGUGCACCUGGACCUCCUGGACAACCAGGGCUGAAAGGAGAUUCUCAAUAUGUUACUACAAAAGGUGCCAAAGGAGACCAAGGAGAUCCAGGGAUUCAUGGAACUAAAGGAGAAGACGGCUUACCGGGCAGGGACGGUGUAGAUGGUUUACCAGGACUUCCUGGGCCUCCAGGUGAUGGUAUAAAAGGUGAAUUAGGGGAUCCUGGUGAACCAGGCCCAUCAGGCCUUAAGGGUUUUCCAGGCGAACCUGGUCAGCCUGGGAUUGGCUUGCCGGGUCUAAAAGGAUAUCGAGGCAUUCCAGGUGAUCCAGGCAUAUAUGGCAAUCCUGGAUCUCCAGGCCCUCCAGGCCCUCCAGGCUCUCCAGCUGAAAUAGAUUGUGGACAACAAAUGGACAUUUUUAUUAGAGACAACAGAACUGAAACAAUUCAUUCAGGGACUGGCUGUGUUAUGUCCCCAAAAGGAGUACCAGGAAACCCAGGUCUGCCAGGACCAAGAGGUCCAAAAGGUACGAAAGGAAUUCCAGGUGAUCCUGGUCUACAUGGAUUGAAAGGACAGCUUGGCCCUCAAGGAGAUCAAGGACAUGAAGGUUUAGCUGGCCCACCAGGAUUUACUGGACCCAGAGGGAAUAGAGGUGUGCCAGGGUUGCCUGGGGAACAGGGAUUCCCAGGCAGUCCAGGUCUUCCAGGUUUGCCAGGACCUCAAGGAACAAAAGGAAUUACGGGUGAUAUCCUUGGAGCAUCAGCAGGCCCCCGAGGGGAUUAUGGACCACCUGGAUUCCCAGGACCUAAGGGUCCCAAAGGAGAUCAAGGCUUACCAGGUUUUAGAGGAAGUGAUGGCAGUCCAGGUGCACCUGGAGCCAAAGGACCUCGUGGAACACCAGGGCCCACUGGUGUGACUGGUAUGCCAGGACCACCAGGAGCAUUCGGAUUCCCUGGGCUGCCAGGCCAGCAGGGGGCCAUAGGAAGGAUGGGUCCAUCAGGAUUUGCUGGUUCACCAGGUGCAAGAGGGGAUGUAGGAGAACCAGGGAAGCCUGGUCCUGUGGGCAUGAAAGGUCUUCCUGGUGACAGUGGUGAACCAGGUUUCCUCGGACCUAAAGGCAAACCUGGUGAGCCUGGUUUCCCUGGAAUAGAUGGAAUGCCUGGUCUCCCAGGUUUGAAAGGUUCUAAAGGCUUUCCUGGUGUUCCUGGCUUCAAAGGUCCUAUGGGCUUCAAAGGAUGGCCAGGACAGAAAGGAGUCCAAGGAGAAAGUGGCUUCCCUGGAAGACCAGGUCCUCAGGGUCAGCCUGGUGAUCCAGGAUGGAAAGGUGAUCGUGGAGAACGUGGUUUACCAGGAAAACCUCCUAAAGUCAUGCCAGGCAUGCUGCUAGAAGUGAAAGGUGAAAAGGGAGAUGAAGGACAAAUUGGCAUCAAAGGAACUUCUGGUGUUAAAGGCAGUAAAGGAGUGUUGGGCUUACCUGGCAAGACAGGAAGGCCAGGCUUACCUGGAUUUCCAGGUGAUGAAAAAGGUCAAAAAGGAGACAUUGGAAUUAAAGGGAUCAGAGGCCUUCCAGGCUAUGCUGGCCUCCCAGGAUCUCAAGGUAUUCCAGGCUUCCCGGGAAUCACAGGACGGAGGGGUGAAAAGGGUUUGCCGGGGUCUGCGGGUAUACCUGGUGGAAGUGGCGAGCCUGGAGAAAUUGGUGACAGGGGAACUACUAUAAACCUUCCAGGAAGACCAGGUUCUAAAGGGGAAGCUGGCAUACCUGGACCUACAGGGGUGAAAGGAGCCAUAGGGGAAAAAGGGGGAAGUGGUGAACCAGGUUUCCCUGGCAUUCAAGGCAUAAGAGGCUCUCAAGGCUCUCCUGGUUUAACGGGACAAAGAGGACUCCCAGGACAAGUUGGGGAACGAGGUUUAGCAGGAGAGCCAGGUAUUCCUGGAUUAUUAGGUGAAAAAGGAAGGUUUGGGUUGAUCGGAACUCCAGGAGCAAAAGGUAUCCCUGGCAUCAGAGGACUCAUUGGACUAGAUGGUUUACCAGGUACUAAGGGCUUGCCUGGAUCACCAGGUCCAGAUGGCUAUGGCCUACCAGGUUUUCCAGGUAUUUGGGGUGAGAAAGGUGCUGCAGGAGAUCCAAGUUCUAUUGAAGGCAGUAGAGGACCACCAGGUCAGAGAGGAGAAAGAGGAGAUCCAGGACAACAAGGUUCUGCUGGUGAUCGUGGAUCUGAUGGAAAGCCAGGCCCCUCUGGAGUUUCCAAUAUAACUGGAAUACCUGGUGACAUGGGAUCACCAGGUUUGGAUGGAGUACCAGGUUACCCAGGAACUAUAGGAAUACCAGGAGCAGCUGGUCCGCCAGGUCCCAAAGGAGAGGUAGGACAAAUAGGUGUGAAAGGAGUGGAUGGUUCAAAAGGACUUAGAGGAGACCCAGGCCCAGCUGGACGACCAGGAAUACCAGGAUUACCUGGAGCAAAAGGAUAUAAAGGUGAACAAGGAGUCAUGGGUAUUGUUGGCAUUGUGGGACUUCCUGGAGACUUUGGCCCCACUGGACCCAAAGGAGAUAGAGGGCCUUCUGGAUUUCCGGGACCUCCAGGAUCCCCUGGACUACCUCCUGUCCCUCCUAGACUGGUUGCUGAGCAAGGGGCACCAGGUGCCUAUGGAAGCAGAGGAACUCAAGGACCUCUGGGUGACAUGGGCCCUCAAGGCCCACCAGGAGAUCCAGGUUUUAGAGGCCCAUCUGGUAAACAAGGAGUGCAAGGAAGAGGGGGAGUAUCAGCAUUUCCUGGCUUCAGAGGUGAUCCAGGGACAGAUGGCCUGCAGGGCCCAGGUGGAUUCGAAGGUGCCCCAGGUACCCCAGGUACUCCUGGACUACCAGGUAUGCCAGGCCGCAGUAUUAACAUAGGAUACCUUCUGGUGAAGCAUAGCCAAUCAAAUCAAGAGCCAAUGUGUCCGGUUGGCAUGAGCAAACUGUGGAGUGGCUAUAGCUUACUGUAUUUUGAAGGACAAGAAGCAGCACAUAACCAGGAUCUGGGUCUGGCUGGGUCAUGCUUGGCUCGAUUCAGCACAAUGCCCUUUCUGUACUGCAAUCCUGGAGAUGUCUGCUAUUAUGCAAGCCGCAAUGAUAAAUCCUACUGGCUUUCCACAACAGCCCCUCUUCCAAUGAUGCCUGUGGUAGAAGAAGAAAUCAGACCUUACAUCAGCCGUUGUUCAGUCUGUGAAGCUCCAGCUGUUGCUAUAGCUAUUCACAGCCAAGAUACUACAAUUCCACAUUGCCCUGAAGGAUGGCGCAGUUUGUGGAUUGGCUAUUCCUUCCUUAUGCACACAGCAGCUGGUGCUGAAGGAGGGGGACAAUCACUUGUUUCUCCAGGUAGCUGCCUAGAAGACUUCAGAGCAACCCCAUUCAUUGAGUGCAAUGGUGCUCAGGGGACCUGCCACUACUUUGCAAACAAAUACAGUUUCUGGCUUACUACCAUUGAUCGCCAAUUUCAGCAUUCACCUUCAUCAGAUACACUCAAGGCUGGACUAAUUCGAACACACAUAAGCCGAUGCCAAGUUUGUAUGAAAAACUUGUAAAAGAAGAAGAAGAAGAAGAUAUUCCUUUGUUUUGGUUGCAAGGAACAAAUCUUGCUGGUGCUUAUUUAUAUUAUUACCUCAAUAAAUUAAUUUUUUGGAGUAACAAGCCACUACAUAUGCUUGUAACCAAAAUGUAGCUCUUGUAUCAAUAAAAAUAAUAGACUUAG